CAUUAUCCAUGAAUCUUUCAUGUGAGAGAGUGACACCCAAUCUCCACUUUUAAUUUCCAAAACCUAACCCACCCCUUUCUCUCACUACUCUCUCUCAUGGAUCCAAUCACCACCGAUCCACCGCCGAUCACCACCGAUCACUUCCCCGGCCAUCCUCCUCCGGCCACCACUCAUCCACCCUACGCCGAGAUGAUAACUGCUGCAAUUACUGCUCUGAAAGAUAAAGAUGGAUCCAGUAGACAGGCAAUUUCUAAAUAUAUUGAGAAAGAGUUUGCUCAUUUGCCCCCGACUCACUCCACCUUGUUGACUCACCACCUCAAACGGUUGAAGAAUUUAGGUCAACUCGUUAUGGUCAAACACUCCUACAUGUUAGCUUCUAGAUCUGCUGAAUUUGUUGAUUUUAGUGGUAAUGUUACUGAUGCAAGUUUUGCUUCUGGUGGCUUUAAUUCGGAGAAUUCGGGUUCGGGUUCGAAAAGGAAGCCGGGGCGUCCGCCUAAGCUUAAGCCGGUGCCUGGGUUCGGGGUACAUAAUCAGGUGCAGAAUGCUGAUGUUGCGGCUUAUCAGCCGCAAUUUCAGGAUUUUGGGGGGAGUUAUGGGUCGGGUUCGGAGGUUCAAGGGGGGACUGCAGCGGGUUCGGGUUCGGAGCCUCUUUUUGCUUCGUUAGGGUUGGGUGAUGAUGGUGUUGCUGCGGUGGAACCGGUUGUGGCGUCUGAGAAUGUAAACACGAACACACCGGUGGUGGUGAAAAGGGGACGUGGUCGUCCGCCUAAGUCUGCUAGUGCGUCUGGUGGUCAAGCGGUUGUUUCUGGUAGUGAAGUUCAGGGUCAGGUGGCUGGUACGGGUUCUGACGGUGGUGGUGGAGUUCAGGGAGUUGAGGUGGCGUUGGGGCGGCCGGGGAGGAAGGCGAAUGGUGUGAGGGUGAAGAGGGGUCGGGGAAGGCCGAAGAGGAUUGGGUUUGGGGCUGUGACUGUGCCGUUGUCUGGAAAUUUGCUGAGGCCAAGAGGAAGGCCGAAGAGGGCUGUUAGACAGAAGGUGACGGCAGUUAAUGGUGGUGCUGGUGAGAGUGUUUUGGGUUCUAGAAGGCGCGGUCGGCCUUCUCGCAACGCGGCUGCUGGUUUGGUUGGAAAGUCGUUUGGCAGUAUCAGCAAGGGUGGACCUGGAACCGCAGUACUAGUGACAGACCCCGAACAGCUUGUAGUUUAUCAAGAACUGAAGAGCAAAUACGAGCAUCUACAAUCCAAAGUGAAGCAAGUGGCGAGUAUGGUGAAGUCAUGCAUAGAUCCCGAUUUUGGGAACACUGCGUUGGGCGCGUUACAGGAACUGGAAGAUCUGGCUGCAGAAGUCAAUGGUGGUGCACGUGGUCAAACCCAUGAACCAGCAACGGCUUCCUAAAUUUAGGACACUUGGCACCAUCUGAGGUAGUAGAUGUUUAAAACGACAUUUGGUUUUAAAAGUUGGCAGGAAUUAUGAAAAACAAACACAGACCGUCUUUUGAUGAACCCAUUGUGUUUUCGGUAUGUUGUAUAAAUGAAUGUAGUGAUGAUAUGAUGCUAACAUCUUAGAAGAUGGUGUGUAUUCUCUUAUGUUGUUGAGUUGGUUUUUUAGAAUUUGACACUUGUAUUAAGGUUUUAA